GCGCGCGCAGCUCGCAGAGGCGGGACAGCAGCUGAGCUGUAGUUAAAGGUAGACCGUGUGUCCCGAUGAAUCAGUGUAAACAACGUGGUUCCGUUGGUAAACUCGCAGCUGGGCUCGUCUGAAGGCUCCCGCAGAGAACCAGAUUUUUCACCUCCUUCAGGUCUUAAGAUGGGGAACGGUUCGAUGAAAUCAAAGCGUUACCAACCCACCGACACAUCUGUUUCUACCUCUAAUGGCCAAGCUCAUAAAGACCACUGCGGCCCCUUCAAAAAUUCAUCCCUGGACUCCCUGAGGGCCCGCGUGGAGGAGCUGGAGCGAGAAGGACGGCGGAAGGAUGAGGAGCUAUGUGCCAAAGAGCAGCAGAUCAAAGGUCUUCAGGAGCAACUGGCCAAACAGACCCGGGUUCUGUCCGAGCUCAGUGAGGAACUGCAGAACAAAUGCAUCCAGCUCAAUAAGCUGCAGGACGUUCUGAAGAGCGGCGCCCCGACUGGUCUCACAUCGCGACCACCUUCUGUCAGAGCCAGUGGAAAGAGCAGCCCCAACCUGAGCGUCCGUAUCAAGGAGACCCUGAACAGAAGGAAAGGAGCUAAAGCCGGCGUGUCGGCAGAACCCACGUCCAGCAGUCUGCCCAAGUUCUCCUUCGAGAAAGCACGGGUACCGAAGGAUGCAGGCGUAAAGAAGCUGCUGACGGACGCCCUGAACAAGAACCAGUACCUGAAGCGUCUGGAGCUGCAGCAGAUCAAAGACAUGGUGGAGUGCAUGUACGAGUGCAGCUACCAGCAGGGCGAAUACGUCAUCAAGCAGGGAGAACCUGGGAACCAUCUGUUUGUCCUGGCAGAUGGGAAGCUGGAAGUGUUUCAGCAAAACAAGCUGCUCACUUCGAUAACGGUGUGGACCGCGUUUGGGGAGUUAGCUAUCCUGUACAACUGCACACGAACAGCAUCAGUCCGAGCGGUGAACAAAGUGAGGACGUGGGCUUUGGAUCGGGAGGCGUUCCAGAACAUUAUGAGGAGGACGGCUGAGACGCGGCACGAACAGUACCGCAACUUCCUGCGAAGUGUUUCACUCUUGGCUAAUCUACCCGACGACAAGCUAAGCAAAAUAGUCGACUGCCUGGAAGUGGAAUACUACGACAAAGGAGAAUACGUCAUCCGGCAGGGAGAGGAGGGCAGCACCUUCUACAUCAUCGCACAGGGAAAGGUGAAGGUGACCCAAACCACCGAGGCCUACAAACUGCCACAGACCAUAAACACGCUGCAGAAGGGGGACUACUUUGGAGAAAAAGCACUCAUAAGUGAUGACGUGAGGUCAGCCAAUAUCAUCGCUGAUGAGAACGGGGUGGAGUGCCUUGUAAUCGACAGAGAGACAUUUGAUCAUACGGUGGGUAACUUCAAUGAGCUGCAGAAACACCUUGAAGGCUAUGUGGCGACACUUGAUCGGGACGACAAGAAGAGAUAUGCAAAAAAAUCUGUGUCUCGGCACCAGAGCCAGCCGCUGUCACCUGAUGUCGUCCAGCUGAAGGAAAUGGUGUCAGUCUUCUCUUCCUCCAGGCCCUUUGAUCACCUUGAAGUCAUUGCUACUCUGGGGGUUGGCGGGUUUGGACGUGUAGAACUGGUGAAGGUGAAGGGUGAAGACAUGACCUUUGCUCUGAAGAUGAUCAAAAAGAAGCAUGUUGUGGACAACAGGCAGGAAGAACACAUCCACUCAGAGAGGAGAAUCCUCGCUGAAGCUCGCUCAGCUUUCGUUGUCAAACUGUACCGCACCUUCAGGGAUAAUAAAUACGUCUACAUGCUGCUGGAGGCCUGUUUAGGUGGAGAGAUCUGGAGCCUCCUCAGGGACAGGGGAAGCUUUGAUGAGCCCACUGCCAAAUUCUGUGUCGGUUGUGUGACGGAGGCUUUCGAGUAUCUCCAUCGUAAGGGUGUCCUCUACAGAGAUCUGAAGCCUGAGAACCUGAUGCUGGAUUCAGAGGGAUACAUAAAGCUGGUUGACUUUGGUUUUGCCAAAAAGAUCCGAUCUGGCCAGAAGACUUGGACCUUCUGUGGCACCCCUGAGUAUGUGGCCCCAGAAAUCAUACUCAACAAAGGCCACAACUUCAGCGUGGACUUCUGGGCCCUCGGCAUCCUGGUGUUUGAACUUCUAACUGGCAGUCCUCCGUUCUCAGGAAGCGACCAGAUGAUGACGUAUACGUUCAUCUUGAAAGGAAUAGAGAAGAUGGAUUUCCCCAAGAAGAUCACCAGAAGACCGGAGGACCUCAUCCGCAAGCUGUGCAGGAGGAACCCUGCAGAGCGACUGGGCAACCUUAAAAAUGGAAUAACUGAUAUCAAGAAGCACAGGUGGUUUAAUGGAUUCAACUGGGAGGGACUAAAAGUGAGGACGUUACCAUCACCACUAAGAAAAGAACUCAGCGGACCGACUGACUACAGUUACUUCGAUAAAUACCCUCCGGAUGAGGACAGUCCUCCUGAUGAGCUGUCUGGUUGGGACAUGGACUUUUGAGUGUUUCUUUGUGGCGACUCUGCUGCUCUUGGUGAUUUCUAAACUCGACUGGAUUAAACACAGUCACAUGCCAGACUGAGAUUGUAAUGGCAUUUAAAAUAAUACCCAUUUUAAAAAUCUUUAUAGGUGGCCCUUUAUGCUUCCUUGCACAGGUUAGGACAGGUUAGGAUACAAAACAUGUUCAGUUUUGCACAAAAUCAUUCUUAGUUAAUGAGUUUUAAUCUUCUCAGUUACUGAUGUAUACCUUGAGCUCCUUUCGGAAUGAGCCGUUUUAGGGCCUCUUGUUACUUUAAGUCCAAAUAAGAUGCUGCUGGCCACACCCACAAACUCCCUCUGGACUUUGUGUUCUUUUGGGUCUACAGAAGUUCUGGUCCUGACAUUUUACAAUUGAGUCCGUUUUUUUCCCCAAUUCUUAUUGUUGAAUCAUAAACUCUGACCUUAAAGGAGGCGAGGGAGACCUGCAGAGCUUUAGAUAUUGUUCUUGGUUCUUUUUGGAACCUCCUGACUUGUUGAUGAUUUCUUGGAGUAAUUUUGGUACAACAGCCAUUCAUGGAAAGGAGUAUCAUGUUUUCUCUUUCAUUAAUUAAUGGUUCUCACCUUAGUUCACUAAAAUCUCAAAGCCUCUGUGAUUUUUUUUUAUUUUUAUUGUUUGUUCUUUAAUUAUUUUAGAUGUUGGGAUGAUGUUGCUUCAUAUUGUCAGAUAUGUUUCAAGUUAUUUAUUUAUUUUACAGGUCAGGCAAUACUUUGAGUUUGGUGAGUGAAACUGAACAUUAAAAAUGAGAUUCAUCAGUUACUUCAUAGUUAGCAAGAAGACAAAAGAUCGAUUUGGUUAGUUUAAUUUUCUCUUAAUAAAUGAAACACCUUUUGAAAACUGCUUUCUGUAUUUACUCUAGUUUUCUUUGCUGAUCUGGAACAUUUAAGUGUUGCAAAAACAGGAGAAAUCUAAAAGGAUAUAUACUUUAUCACAGCACUGUAUGCGUGGACAAACAAAUGUUGUUAAGCUGCAACUAACCUGUGAAAUUCCUCUCAACUUUUGAGACGACAAGCUGAGCUGGAAAACUCGGCUGUUAAGAAGCAUCAAGUGUCCUUUGUUUUAACUGCAUUAUCCUCACCGCCUCCCCACCGACAAGACUUUGACACGUUUAAAAACACAAACACCUCCUCUGCCAAAAUUAUAAAGUGUGAGCGUCUUGUGGCGAUGUGCCUGAGCUGAAGAAAUAUUUACAGAUACCCAAGUCAACGCUGCGGUGGUCAGCUUCUUCAGGCGAGUUAUGCUCCAUCUGAGGUGUUGAUAAUCUGUGGACGAAACGCAAGGAGGCCAAACCUUCUAAGGCAGUGUUUCCCAAAUCCAGUCCUCAGGGCCCCCUGCCCUGCAUGUUUUAGAUGUGCCUCUAUACCA